UAAGAUUAGGUUCUCACAAUAUUAUCCCUCAUCUAGCACUAAAAAUUGGAGGUUAAAUAAUACUGAAGAAUUGAAAGUUUGUGAUAGUCUACUAUAUUGAAGUGAUAUCAUAAUUAUUUCCAUGAACCAAGAAGUAAUACAUAAUUUAGACUAUAAAGAAUAAUUGGUCUAGAUGAACGUUCCAUUUGAAUUGUAUUUCAUAAAUGUGAGAACAGUCGUUAUAACGUGGACCUUACGACGUGAAUUCAAUAAAAUAUUAUCUUGAUACAUACGUCUCCACCUUGUAGUUCACUUUUGUGUCACAUUGUACUGUAUAGUGUGGAGCUAAUCAGUUGGAGAUUAAAUAUCAGAUGAUUACAGGAACUUUUUCUCCACCACUCUACCAAGGUUUUUAUAUAUUUUUUAUGCUGAAGAUUGAGUCCUUGUUUACAUUUUUUAUGUGGAUAAAAUCAACCGAACUGCAUUUCAAAAAGUAGAAUAAUUUCUGACAAGAUGGAUGAUCCAAACUCGGAGAAGUUGGAUUCUUUGAAAAAGAUACAUAUUGAAAUUAUUGAAUCUCUACUGAUAAUCUAUAGAAGGCUCAAAUGUGAGAUUCCUUCAGAGUUUGUUCAAGAAUUUUUACCUCCUCUUACUAAAGAUUGUCCUGAUGAAUAUGAUUCGAUAGAAGUUAAUUUUCUGAAGAUUGCUCGUCACUUGGAUUUUCUCGAGGAUGUUGUAUCAGAUUUCUAUGUCAAGCUCAAAAGGAAGGAUCAUACUGACAAGUUUUUAUUGAUAGUUUUAUUCUACAUAGCAGUUUUUUGGAGAUGUGGCGAUGAAAUUGUUUCAUUGCAAGAUUAUCUAAAAUCCAUCAAUCUCAAUAAGAGUUUUCAGAUUGCGAAGUACCUUUCAUACGACAAAACCAUCAUCACUUUGACAGAGAUCGCUAAUCGCUAUUUCGACUUGGACUAUGUCACCAAUGAAAUCCUUCUGAAUGUUUUUCAAGACGGUGACUAUUAUAAAAAACUUCAUGAUGGGUUGUAUGAAGAACAAAAUACACUUAUUAGUAGUACAAAAUGUGUAAAAGUGACCCGACCACAGAAAAUGGAAGUAUUAAACCAUACUAAAAGAGUACCGAAGGUACCAUGUAAUUCAAGAGAAGAAUACACAUUCAAAGCCACACCAAUACCUGAGAAUUUACACACCGAGUACAAACGGAUAGAGGAAAGUUUGAACGAGGCAAAAAGACGGAAUAGGGAAGAGGCAGAAGCUCGCUACUUUACUGAGUCGCAGAAAUUUCCGAUUUCGCAGCAAGUACCACGUGAUUCUUCUCUAGAGAAAAAUGAAGCAUCUGAAGUUGUAGAAACCAGCUUUACUACUAUAAAAUCCAAACCAGCACCCAAAUUCCAAGAACCAGCCGUACCUGUUAAGAAAACAACAACAUGUAUCUUAAGAGAAGCUGCUCUUAUAGCGAAGAAGGAAGAGAAAGAAAUAGAGAGAUUGAAGAAAUUACUGGAAGGUGCUGCUGAUUUUACUGUUUUUGAAAGUUUUUAUGAUGGGAUGAAAUGCAAAGAUGAGAAAGAAAAAAUGCUAGAUAUUGAGAAAAAACACCUAAAAGGACUAUUAACCUAUGAAGAAGCAAUUCAAGCUAAAAAGAACCUCACAAAAGUCAAUAAAAUUAAACGAAUGGAGUUCGAGAGGGAGAGAGAGAAAAUUGAAGCUCAAUUGAGAGAAUACAAGGAAAAAGAAAUGGAAUCGAUCAAACAGCAAGUAGAAAGAGUACAGCAGAUACAACAAGCUGCCGAAGAGAAAAAACAAGUUCUAGUAGAAGAAAAACAAAAGAAUGCAAGAGAGCUGAACGAAAAGACUCGAGCAUUGAUGAUACAAUUAAUCAAGCAGCAACAAGAUGAGCUUAAUAAGAAAAUGGUCAUGAUCAAGGAGAUAAGACUUCUUCAGUCAUUGCGUAUCAUACCAAAGAAAGAUUUUGAUGCAACUGAAACCAUGAACAUGGGUUUAUUUUGUGAAAUGUCCUAUCUUGAGUUGACUGAGCGUUUGGCAUUGUUGAGAGAGGAAAUGAAGGAACAACUUGAACAAAGGCAACUACGAAUUAAACAAGAAAAGAUUCGACAACAGGAAAUGCUCAAAGAGAUGGAGACAUUAAUUGAUGUCACACAUCACGAACGAAAACUUUCAAGAGAGCAAGCACAAAAGACAUUGUCACGCCCGAAAAAAAUUAUUGAGGAGGAUAAAGAAUUGAUGGAUUUGAGAAAAAGAUUAGAAGCAACCAGGAGAAAAAGAUUUGAGAAAGAAUAAAUUCACAUAUUCUAU